GUUCGCGCCAUACGUAACGCGUGCCUAUGACGUCACCAACGAACCCGCCUCCCCGGACACUCCUCCGUUGUGCCCAGAUGAUGGACGCGUUGACCUGAUACAACUCGGGAUCAAGAUGGAGAGUCAGAAUCCAAAUUUAACCUGCAUUAUUUGCUUCGACACGUUCCGGGUUCCUGUGACCAUCCCCUGUGGUCACACCUUCUGUGAGAAAUGCAUCACCCGUCACUGGGACACCCAGAGCAAGUCCGACGUCCCCGCUCAGUGUCCCAUCUGCAGCAAGAAGUUCCCCAUCAGGCCCAUCCUGAACCGCAACGUGAACCUCGCCGUCAUGACGGAGGCAGCGAACAGCCCCAGCAGCACUGGCGGAGAGCCGGUUAGCAGGGAUGGAGGGGGCGCGACAGCUAUACUGUGUCAUCUGCACAACAUGCCCCUGGUGUAUUACUGCAAGGAGGACAAAAUGGGAGUUUGCAUCAAGUGUGGAGUAUCAAACUGUAAUUCCCACCAGAAGGUGUUGUUGGAGACGGAGCGGGAGACCCAAGGGUUGUUGCUGAAGAGCAAGAGUGCAGAAGUGGAAAAACUCAUCAAAGAAAAUGACAGGAGUAUUGGCGUACUGACGGAAAACAUUGAAAAAGCCAAGGUAUCUCUCAAGCAGACUUCCAUCUGGUUGGACUCCAAAUUCUGCAGCCUCAAGGAAGCGCUGGACGAGAAGCAGGAAACCACGAACCACUUCAUCGAGCGGAAGAACCUGGGCGACCUUGCCCAGGCUGAGGCGCGGCUCACCCAGCUGCGCGAGAGGGCCCAGGAGCUACGACAGAGCCAGCACCGCAUCGAGGAGCUGCAUCAUCUCCCCGAUUCAGAGCUCAUCAAGGAGUCAACGCUGGUGAGGGUUCCCAGCUUCAAGGAGAUUCCAGUGGACAUGACGCCCAAUCUGCAGGAGCGUCUCAACGGGAUCACAGAGGUCCUUUCCCGCGUAUCCAAGCUGGUGACGGAAGACCUGGAGAAGGCUGUGAGCGCUGUGGUCGGCCAGGACAAACAAGGUUCCCCCCAGGACAAGCGCCCUGUCCUGGCUGUGGUUCCCAGCCCGGCCGCUCGAUGCCACCCUGGAGGGAAGGAGGGCCUCAACGCCUACAGGUGUUCCUUGACCUUUGACCCGCGCACGGCCAACGGCCACCUGCUGCUGUCCCAGGAGAACCGGCGGGCAGAGCACCUGACCUCCGGGCCGCGUCAGGUCCUCGCCAACGAGGCGCGCUUCGACCACACCUGGCAGGUGCUCUGCUUCCAGGGCUUCUCCAGCGGCCAGCACUACUGGGAGCUGGAGGUGUCCAAGCCCUGGGCCUACCUGGGGGUGACCUACGAGGACAUCCCCCGCAAGGAGAAGGGCAAGCGCUGCAUGGUGGGCAUGAACGAGCUGUCCUGGAGCCUGCAGCUGGACGAGCAGCAGCUGAGCGCCUGGCACGGGGGCCACCGCGAGAUUCUGCCAGGCCACCCCCGCCACAAGCGCCUGGGCUUGCUGCUGGACUACGAGGCGGGCACGCUCACCUACUACGGCGACGGGGCCACGCGGCUGCACGCCUUCCACUGCGCCUUCACCCGGACGCUGUUCCCCGCCUGCUGGAUCGGGGAGGGCGUCUGCGUCACCCUCUGCUCCACGUGAGCACAGCGCUCCGGAGAACUCUCAGGGGGUCUUGCUGAAGACACACACACACACGCACGCCCGCGCAAGCGCACACACACACGCUGACACACACACUGGUAGACGGGGCUUCCCUGCAAAGCCCACGUCUUCAGGGUUCCAAGGUUCCCCUUAAAGGAGCCGUUCCAAAGGUUUCCUUCUCCGGGCUUAUUAGUAAAUCUUAAGGCAGGGACUACUUCUCCCAAAGUGCUGAAUGUUAGUUUCAACUUUCUAAAUGGCAGAUCCUUAUAACAACUCUUGGUGCAAUCCAGUAUUUUCCACUUUAUUUUCUCCCUUCCUCCUCUGUUGGACAAUCCACGUUAUAGUAGCACACCAUGAUGGCUCCAUCAUCAUUCAUAUUAGUAACCACAUUGGUUCAAUGCUGCAGGUUUUAGUCUCUGUUGCAAGUUGGACUUGCAAUCGGAAAAACACAUGAAUCAACGUCUGACCUUAAGGAAAAAGGAAGGACAGUCGAAGGCCAAUGAGAGCUGACGAGGUUUUCCAAUAAGGACCUAAGCAUCCUGAAGCUGCUCACUGCAGUGUCCAAUCACAUGUGGUACUAUGUCCGCCGGGGUAAGGUUACAAGGGAGGGCAAGGGGCCGAUUUCAGGGUGCCGGUGGGAGUAACGAAUCGCAACAAGGCCUCCUUCUCAUAGCAAGACUUUCCUAAAAGGAUUUGUCAAUUGGAACACCUUUAUCAGGGCACUUUUAAACAACGGUUACACUAAUACUGUAAUGGGAUGGAAUUGGGUCGAUUCCAGGCAAAAAAAUGCCUUGAAGUUAUAUCCUCAAAGCAAUAAUCUGAUUGAUAACAAUGAAGAAGCACACUAUGUGAAUCAUGCACGACGAACGGCCAUGUGACCUGUUUGGGACCGCAGUUCAUUCCAAGCCAUAGUGGUACUGCUACUGCCUUUGUGUUUUACUCUGCACCGUUUAUGGCUUCAAGUAACAUUGGGAGGAACCUUAUAAUCAGAGCAGAAAUCCGGUCGUGGUGGUGGAUCGCUUCGAAACCGAACAAACGUAGAGCAACUGGAUGAACGCCUCGUCACUGGGAUGGACGGGGUACCACUGGAAACGGCAUCGCACAUACCAGCCCCUCUUUGGUUUUCCCCUACGACGGGAUAUGUCCGCUGUACGUUAUUGCUUUGAUAUUUCCUUUUGUUUUUUCAUUUGUUUCGUCUCUCAAGCUGAUGAAAUCAGCCUAGCAGAACACAGCCCUCAGAACGGUGGACUGGGAGGGUAGGGUUACUCACUGGCACCGGCGUAGGAGUGAAGGGCUGAGGAGUCAUUCUGGGUGUAACCUCUAACAGCUGGUCCCGUCUAGGGCUGGGCGAUUUGGCCUAAAAUAAAAUCGCAGAUUUUUACCCACCAAACCCGAUUAUUGAUUUUAAUAGAUAUUCUUUUCUAUAAAUGAGAAAUGAAUAUCUAUUUUAAGUUUGGAUUUUAUUUGAAGAUGAACAAAAAGCUAAAUUUGGUUGCCACAGACUUUAGGCAAACUCUAAACACUAGAUUUUUCCAGCGCAUGCAGCCAUGUUGACAUUUUACUCUUUUACUUCUUUUAAAUAAUCUUUUUUUUUUUUAAAUCUAUUAUUAACCAUAAAUUUGAAUAACGAUUAAAAAUCCAUUAAUGGCCCAGCUCUAGUCCGGUCAUCCUCGCUGCGGUGGAGCCCCAGGCACAAGGUGCUCUCCCGGGGGCUGCCUUGUCCCUCGCCCUGCGUCGCGUCCUUUGGCCCCAGUGGAUCUUUGUGAGAGCCGAUGUGUUUCAAAUAUGUUUGUUUGUGUGUGUGUGAAGAGUAAAAAGUGUUGGCCAAAUGGCCUCACCUCUGAGUGAAAUCUGCGUGGAACGUGUCCCUCUUGAUUCUCUGUAAGUGUUUUGGUGAAAUGGGCUGGGCUGGGGGUCUAGUGAAGGUGGACGUCUCAUAAAUCAUGGGGCAUUCACAGCCUCCUGAAGCUGGUGACCGGAAGAACAUCUAAAUCCACAAAGAAUAUUCUGCUUGGAUGAACAAAUACGCUUUUUUGGUUGAUUUGAGGAAAAAUCAUGAAACUAGUAACUGGUGCCGGGGUAAAAUGUAAACUGUGGCGAAGUCCAUUAAAGUAGAACCACAGUCCAACACCAACACAUUAAAAGGAGCAGGUUCAUGUUAGUGUUAUGACACCUCUUUGGAAAGAGUAUGGAAGAGCCGGCCACCCUGAGGUAUCUGUACGGCCGUGGUCAUUAAGGGUGUGGUCAGGAGAUGGUUGCCCUAGUUUGGGCCCCUAAUUGACCAACAGUUGUGAGUGGCUGGUAGUGG